CUCUCUCUCUCCCCCCUCUCUAUAUCCCCCAUUUCUAUCUCUCCAUCUCCUUCUCUCCCCCCUCCCUAUCUCUCUCCUAUCUCCUCUCCCCAUGUCUUCGUACCGUGUGUCGAGCUCCAGCUCCAGCAGCAUCGGUGGCCCCUCGUUCAGGAGGGUGUUCGGGGCUCCGGCUCCGGCUCUGUCCCCCGUGUCCCGCUUGUCGAGCCCGGCCAGGUCUCCGGCACCAGCGGCGGGGACGAGGAGCAGCGGCUACCGCCAGCGCAGCAGCAUCAGCAGCAUCAACACCCCGGCGAGAGCCUCCUGCCACCGGCGGGUGGACCUGGCGGCGGUCGAGGCCGUGAACCAGGAGCUGCUGGCGACCCGCAGCAGCGAGAAGGCCGAGCUGCAGGAGCUCAACGACCGCUUCGCCAGCUUCAUCGAGCGGGUGCGUUUCCUGGAGCAGCAGAACUCGGCGCUGGCCGCUCAGCUCGCCCACAUCCAGAGCCAGGAGCCGGGCAGGGCAGCUCGCCUCUACCUGCAGGAGAUCCGGCAGCUCCAGCAGCAGCUACAAGCCGUGGGCCAGGACCGAGACCGCGUCCUCGUCGACAAGGACAAUCUGGCCGAGGAUCUGCACUGCCUGAAGCAGCGGUUGGAAGAGGAAGCACAGAAGAGGUACGAUGCUGAAAAUAAUCUGGUCCUGUUCAGGAAGGAUGUUGAUGACGCAACUUUGGCCCGGCUGGAGCUGGAGAGGAAAGUGGAAUCACUCCUGGACGAGAUCGAAUUUCUCAAGAAGUUACACGACGAGGAGCUGCGGGACCUCCAGGUGAAUCUGCAGGCCUCGCAGAUACAGGUGGAGAUGGAGGUGGCCAAGCCCGACCUGACGUCGGCGCUGAAGGACAUCCGCACCCAGUACGAGACCAUCGCCAGCAACAACGUGCGGGAGACCGAGGACUGGUACAAGUCCAAGUUCACGGAUCUGACGGAUGCAGCGAACCGCAGCAACGAGACGCUGCGGCAGGCCAAGCAGGACCUGAACGAGUCGCGGAUGCACAUCCAGGCGCUGACCUGCGACCUGGAAGCGCUGAGAGGCACCAACGACUCGCUGCUGCGCCAGCUACAAGAGGCAGAGGAGCAGUUCUCUGCCGAGUCGGCGUGUUACCAUGACACCGUCGGCAGCCUGGAGCAAGAGAUUCACCACAUGAAGGAGGACAUGACGAGGCACCUUCGGGAGUACCAGGACCUGCUCAACGUCAAGAUGGCCCUGGACAUCGAGAUUGCCACCUACAGGAAGCUGCUGGAAGGGGAGGAGAGCAGGAUUGCUGUCCCCAUCCAGUCCUUUGCCUCUCUCAGCUUUAGAGACUACGCCUACAAUCCACAGGAUGUUCAAACCAGGAAGACCGUGUUAAUCAAAACUAUUGAGACCCAGGAUGGAGAGGUGGUGAAUGAAUCUCGGAAGGAGCAGCAGAACGAGCGUGAUCAUUGAAUCGAUACGGCGCUGGUUCAAGGCCAGACUCGACCCAAGCAGAAGACUGGUUUUAGUUUUUCUUUUUUCUCUUUCCCCCAUUUCCCGCCCUCCCCCUUUCGUCUUUAAAUUCUGUCGCCCGCGGUUUGAAGCUUGGAGCUGCGACGAGCUUCCAAUUCACCCAUUGCUCGUGUUUAGUUGCACACCUUGCCCAGGCAGCAAGCAGGCCCAAACCCUCUCAACGCACCUCCGUCACCAUGGCAACGGGAGCUGUGGCCCACCGAGUCCGCAUCUCCACCCACCCUACACGAUCCCAUUCCGCUUCUGCCCACACUAGGGGAUUAUGGGGGGAAAGGCAGGAGAAUGGGGUUAGGAGGGAGAGAUAGAUCAGCCGUGAUUGAAUGGCGGAAUGGAUGGGAUGGGCCGAAUGGCCUCAUUCUGCUGCUGUCACUUCUGACCUUAUGACUCCACCAUUCGCAUAGAACAGCACAAUGCAGGAACAGGCCCUUCGGCCCACAAUGCCUGUGCUCAACACGAUGCCUAGACCAUCUCUGAUCUGCCUGCAUGUGAUCCAUAUCCCUCCAUUCCCCCCAUGUCCAUGUGCCCAUCCAAAAGCCUCUUAAACACCACUAUCGUAUCUGCCUCCACCACCAACACCCCCGGCAGCACGUUCCAGGCGCCCACCAUUCUGUGUGUGUUUUCAAUAAAAAAACUCCCCACAAAUUUCCUCAAAUUUUUUUUUUAUUCCCACCCAGUGCGAAAGGCUCUGACUGUCUACCCUAUCUAUAAUUUUAUUAACCUCUAUCAGGUCUCCCCGCAACUUCUGGCAUCCAGGGAAAACAAUUCAAGUCUUCCCAACCUCUCCCUGUAGCUGAAACCCUCGAAUCCAGGCAUCAUUCUGGUAAACCUCCUCUGCACCCUCUCCAGAGCCUCCACACCCUGUAAUGGGGUCUCCAGAACUGCACGCAAUACUCCAAAUACUGACCGACCACAGCCCUCCUGACUCUUGUACGCUAGAUUCCCGUUGCAUCAGCCAAUUAACUAACGAACCCGCACGUCUUUGGGAUGUGGAGCGCCCGGAGGGAGCCCACGCGGUCACGGGGAGAACGUGCAAACGCCACACAGACAGACGGGAGUGAACCCUUCCCCUUCUCCCUCCCCACUCCCCGGGAGAUUCUUGAGGGAAAGCUUUCAGAUUCCCUCAUCCCUUUGUUUGAAGAACUCCCCUCUGACAUUGGGCCUAAGCAGCCCGCCUCCCGGAGGUUUUUGUCAGUCUCCCUACCUGCUUCUACUACCUGCAACCUCCGGGAACCGCACGGAAACCUUGGGUGGGGCGCAAAGUCUUCAGAGGUUUCCGUUCAGGUUUCCUAAGUGGGACAGGGGCAUUACACUCUGGUGAACAUGGAUAGUCAAGUCAAGAGAGUUUAUUGUCAUGUGUUCCAGAUAGGACAAUGAGAUUCAUACUUGCUUUGGGUCGGGACCCUUUGAAACGUCACCUAUCCAUGUUCUCCACAGAUGCUGCCUGACCCGCUGAGUUACUCCUGCACUCUGUGAAACGUCACCUAUCCAUGUUCCCCACAGAUGCUGCCUGACCCGCUGAGUUACUCCAGCACUGUGAAACGUCACCUAUCCAUGUUCUCCACAGAUGCUGCCUGACCCGCUGAGUUAUUCCAGCACUCUGUGAAACGUCACCUAUCCAUGUUCUCCAC